UCGAAAGCUGUGCCAAGCUGGGAAAAUUUUCAUAACGAGACGAACGAGAGGCAGUUAGUUGAAAAAUCAUAAUAUUUUUAUGGAAAUUAUCAUCCAAAAAAUAGUGUUGUGACCAUUAAUUAACCAAAAUAAUAGUAACGGAAUGGAUCCGAACAAAGAUUUUACGUUGGGAAAUCUGGAACCGUUGGUGAAUCCUGUUCGACAGUAUCGGAAUCGUAAGCAAAAGAAGCAGCACCAAGAGCAGUGGAAGAGUGACGAGCAGAAGGAACAAAAUAAAGCGAGUACAGGGAGCGCUACAGGCGACAGUAAGCUGGCAGAUGUUUUAAGCAAGAUCACCAGUCUGAAUAAGACCGCCGAGAAGGUCGAUCGAACUAAACUGAUCCGGACGUACAACGUGAAAUUGCGGCUCAAGAAGCCCUGUUUGUACAAGUGCUUUGAUUGUGAUGUUUGUUUCACGAAUGCAGAUUUUUUGGAGUUGCAUGAAAAGUCGCACAGCGGUGCCCCAGGGGCAGCGGAUGGCUCCGGUACGGCUCGAAAUGAGAUCGAUCUGCAGCAGGAGCAGUCGUUCGACGAAUCGGAAAUGAUCGUGAAGCAGAACGCUUGGUUCGUUGGAGAUUUCGACGAAAGCGAAGAUCAAAAUGGCGACAAUGGCGAGGAUGAUGAUGGGACGAUCCAGUUGGACUGUACGGUCGAAGAACGGGAAGACAACUUCGAUAUCACAUUCGAUCGGACCAAGUGUGCAAAAACUUACACCGUGGUUAAAUACAAGGUCAAGAAAGAUCCCGUGGGAAAGUGUGAGAUGUGCGAGCGGUUGUUUUACACCAUGGAGUCCUUGCAGCUGCACCGGAUGGAGCACGAACGGUUCUUGGAUUUUGAUUCUAUUGAGCCACAGAUAAAUAUCGAUUCGCCGAGCAUCGAAGAAAGUACACUGGUAUUAGACGAGAGUUUCUAUCACGGGGAAACGGAGGACAGCGACAUUUUGGAAGCGAGUGACAGUGCGUUGGAUGUCGGUAGGUUGGAACCCGCUCGACUUGAAGGGCUACGGAACGGUGAAUGGAAGCCGGCCCCCCGCAGAGGGUCUCCACCGUAUCGGAUUCCACCGAGGGAGCCAGUUCCUCCAACCAUUGAGGGUCGGUACCAGUGUGAAGUGUGCUCCCGGCGCUUCCGCUUCCGACCGGCUUAUAACGUUCACCUGCGCACCCACGACAACAGCCGACCGUUCCAGUGUGGCGAGUGCAACCGGAGAUUCGUCUCACGGGCGAAACUGUUUUUGCACUCGUACGGGCAUGCCCGGGAUCGGCGAGCAGCGUUGCAGUGUAACGUGUGCGGCACAACGUUCGGACGGCCGCGCCAGCUGUUGGAACACAUGCAACAAGAGCACGACGUGGCGGAAGCUGCUGGGGCGGUAGUAGCUGAGACAACGGGUUCUGUGUAGGCUUACUCCUCUGGUUGCUGCUUUUAUUACACUUCAAUUGCACACGCGCGCGUUCACUACAUUCCUGUCUGGAGCCACCAUGUAGCGGACGAAAGGACUAGGGUACUUCUAAUUUGGAUGCCAUCAAUGUAGCGUCCAAAAGAGUAAUUGAUGAUUCAGGACAUGACUUACGUCGCGUUAAAACUUGUUCGCGAAGGAUGACCUUACGUACCGAGACUUUAUAAAAAAUGUAAUUCACGUAGGGAACUAGCGCCUUUACAAAUGACAAAAUCCUUAAGUUUUAGAAGCAAGUCUUUCUGAGCCUUUGCUCGUGUUUCGAGCUCCUUCUGAAUUUCCAUAAGAUACCAUUUAAUAUCAGAAAGUUCCUUGCGUUCUUUCUCGCAAUAGGAGUAAUUCCAAUUAACCUCCGGUGUCGGAAGGGUAUUCAGUUUUACACAUCCAAUGUGAAACCAUCUGUCACAGUGGUCACAUUGGACCAUGUCUUGGAUAUCAUCAGGGCGCGCACAUAGACGACAAUGCCCAUUAUCAUUGAUGGUAAACAUGGAUUUUGUUGUUUUCUUAGCCAUCUUUUUUUAAAUCUUACAGGUCUUAAGACACUGUUCUAAUUCUUCGAUUUUAAUUAAUUCUUUUAAUUUGCGAGAUAGCGGUCUAUCUUCGUAAUAGUUUGAUAAUUUGAAAUCUAUAAUCGAUUUCGUUAAAGUAUGCUGUUAAAUCUUUGAUGUCUUCUAUAGGGUCAGACAUUUACCCGUAAAGUUGAUGCGGCUUGUAACGUAGGUGUCGUCAACCUUUAUCGACUUUUAACGUAGGUGUCGUCAACCUUUAUCGACUUGUAACGUAGGUGUCGUCAACCUUAUCGACUUGUAACGUAGGUGUCGUCAACCUUAUCGACUUGUAACGUAGGUGUCGUCAACCUUAUCGACUUGUAACGUAGGUGUCGUCAACCUUAUCGACUUGUAACGUAGGUGUCGUCAACCUUAUCGACUUGUAACGUAGAGGUGUCGUCAACCUUAUCGACUUGUAACGUAGGUGUCGUCAUCCUUUAUUUGGCUUACCGCCUUUAUACUUGUCGGCUUAAUGGUGCCGUCAACCUGGUAUAAUCUUUUUGUUUAAUUUGUCGGCUUAAUGGUGCCGUCAACCUUGAUACAAUACUGUGAUAUAUAACUUUUCGGUUUGAUGGAUUAUACCUUUUUAUCUUUGCAGCUUACUCCUCUGGUUGCAGCUUUUAUUACACUUCGCUUGCACACGCGCGCGUUUCACUACAUUCCUCUCUGGAGCCACCAUGUCGCGGACGAAAGGACUAUUGUACUUCUAAUUUGGACACCACCGAUGUAGCGUCCAAAAGAGUAAUGGAUGGUUAAAGACACGACUAACGUCGCGUUAAAACUUAUUCGCAAAGGAUGACCUUACGUACUGGGACUUCAUAAAAAAAUGGAAUUCGCGUAGAGAACUAGCGCCUUUACAAGCGACAAAAUCCUUUCCUCUUAAGUUUUAGAAGCAAGUCUAAAACUUAAUGAGAUUAUCUAAUAAACAAUAAACACUGGGAAGGGCCUGAGUACCGUCUAUGGAGCGGUGUCAAUAUCAUCUUCCGAGAGUGUUUGCAAUUUAUCAGAUUUACUUGGAUAAUGCAGUCGAUCCUGCAUUUGACAUAAGUACUGGAAAGGGCCUGUUUACCGACUUUAGAGCGGUGCCAAUAUCUCCUUUCAAAGUAUUAUGCCAAAGGCUAAGGAAGUGAGACUUAAAGAAAUGAGACACGUUUAGAUCCAACCCACUACAAAGUCUGUUUUAUUCAACGAAAUGAUUUUCCUUAUGUACUAGAUUGAGCCCCUACUGGGCUCCUCUUAACUCUAAGGCUAGAAAGAGAUGUCAUUUCUGACGUCUCAAUUCCUAAAACUCAUUCUUUUCAUUUCUAAAACUAUCUCCCCUGGAAUAGCUACCAGAAUAGAACACGCAUUCCAAUUUUAUUACUUUCUUAAGUCACGGAGUCUAAUCGAACCUGAAAAAUGCAUACGCGGUACUUCAUUUAAAUUCUCAGUUGCACCCAACAGCAGUAAGGCAUAUUUUAGCUGCAUUAGGAACGGCAGCGCUAUCAUUGUUCGAAUAUUUUUGGGAAUUUUAUUAAGUUUCAGACAUGUUGCAACUUAUUUGUUAAACUGUCAACUUCGUCGCAAAGGCUGUUUAUAUCACCCUUUUGCUUCGAUGCCUUGAGUUUUGCUAUUAUACUUUCGGGAGCGAUUUGUUCAGCACAUCUUGCUUUCACGUCAUUCACUAAAUCAUCAAUCGAAUUUAAAUCUUGGGCUAAGCAUAUUCUGGCUUUUCCCGUCAGCCGUGUUUUCAAAAACCUUACGGCUGUUGCGAGAUCCCCUGCCUCUACAUAGUCUUUGAGCAAGUUAGCUGAAUCCACAUACGCGUCUAAAUUUUCAGCUGUUCCGUCGUACAUUUGUACGAUGGAGGUCGCUGUUUUUAUGUCAAACGGCAUUGUCACAACGUUACGGUUUAUGAAUUUACUAAGAAAGUUUUUAAAAAUAAUUACGUAAGUCACUGAUUUAAAAGAUAAUCUUUUCCUAUAGUUUUUUAAUUUUACUAGCAGCAAACACUUAGUCUCGUCAAAUUCGACACGAGCUGCUUUUACUAGAAAGUUAAAAUGAGUAUUUUCAAUGCACGUUUCAAAUUCCACUAAUUCGUCUACAAUUCUAUUAUAUGUUUGUUGAAUGAAGCGAUAUUUUAAAUCUAAGGUAUAUUAAAGAUAUCUUCUAUUUGGUGCCUUUUUCAAAUUUGAUUUUAUAAGGUGGAUUUCACCUAUUUUCCUUUCGAUUGAUUCUUCUAUACCACUCAUUUACUAUCUUCAAAACUAAAUAAGUAUUAAGUAAGAAAAAUCAGCAUUUUUGCCACUUACUCUUCCUGGAGACCGACGUGGUGCAGCACUCGUUCAUGCGCCAUGGGAGAUGAUCAGCUUUUCACCGGAAUUUGUCGUUUUUCUCUGCGAUAUGGUGCCCUUGCCGCUGUUUGCCCCUAUGUAGUUUUUUUAUUGUUUUUUUUUUUGUCACUGUUUACCUUUUCAUAGGGCAAGGUAGUAGCCCUUUUCUGACCGUUAGAAGGAAUAAUCAUUGGUCACACCACGAAUUGUCUUAUCGCACACUUUCCCGGUUCUUUAGGACUUUUCACUGGCACAAUUAAACUUAAACACUGUUAAUAUUUACGACAGACCUUGCUGCCUUCAUUGCCUGGUUCCUUGUAUGUCUUGUGUGAAGUUUAUAUAAUGCUAAUGCUAUUUGCACGCACAUUAGCACUAAAAUUAUAUUCAGUUUUAUGUCAUGCUGGGCAUGAUAAUCUUCAUGUACCUCUAACUGAUGAAGAAGCCACCACACAUUAUAUCCUUGUCAUUUUUGCCCUGACAUAAUGGCCAUUCUUAUUAAUGUUAAAUUGAAAAUCCAUCGUAUUGUUUGUUUCUACUCACUCUAUUCUUUUCCUUUUUAAGGAAAACUUGUCGGUUGAAGACUGCUGAUGAUGUGCUCCUUUCUUGUACCGUCCCAGACUAGGCCCUGUCGAUUAGGCGGAUAGCCGACAGAACUUGUGAGCUGGUACACCGGUCACCCGGCCUGCUCUGAGGCGGGAGCUUACUCGAUGAUUAAGGAUGCGCACCCCGCCUAACGCCGAGGCAGAAACUUACGCGGUUGCUAUAUUUCUUUCUAAUUGAUGAUGACUAUCGUCUGGCUGGCCUGCACUGAGGCCGGAGCCCGUAACAGCUGCUACGUUGCCCACACCGUACAACAGGCCUUCACCUGAGGCUGAAGUCGUUACGGAGGCGGUUCUUGAUGGGUUCCGAGGGUGUUUUGAUCUUCUGGUCCAACUGCUGUUCGGUUGUUCACCUUCUGGCCCAGCGAAGGGGUUUAUAUUUGGUGAUACUCUGUCGAUGCGUCUUUUCUUGGGUUGUCCCAGGCCACAAUGUUACGGUGUAGAUUCUCGUCUCGCUUAGAACCUCUACUGGUAAUGAUGCUAGCAUUCACCUCUUAUGUUCUGGAGUUUGUCUUGCGCGAUCCACUUGACGAUCUACUUCGUUAAAAUAUUCUGCCAUAUAACGAAUAUCGUCUUCCAGUGUAUGCAUUCCUUUUAACGGACGUUUUGCUUGGCACACAGGCCUUCCUUCCUUGGCACACAAGCCUUCCUUUGGCUCACAGGCCCACAAUUGGUAAACUGCCGUCAGUCCUUGGCACAUAGGCCUUCCUUUGGCUCACAGGCCACAAUUGACACACUGCCGUUCACUUGGAUCACAGGCCUUCUGUUGGCUCACAGGCCCACAAUUGGCAAACUGCCGUCAGUCCUUGGCACCCAGGCCUUUCUUUGGCUCACAGGCCCACAAUUGGCACACUGCCGUUCACUUGGCUCACAGGGCUUCCAUUUGCUCAAAGGCCCACAAUUGGCAAACUGCCUUUCACUUGGCUCACAGACCUUCAUUUGGCUCACAGGCCCGCAAUUGGCACGCUGCCUUCAUUCUUUAUACUUUUGGCCCUUUCACUGGCCUACCGUGGUUUCACAGCCGACUUAUUAUUAGGCGUCAGCACACCUUUCUUUUCGCAGUUAGUUCGCAGAGUCGAAAGAGUAACCGCCGGUUCAGGCCGUAAGGAUUGAGUCGAUGCUCGGUUAAAGAUUGUCUUCUAUUUUCAACAUCCAAUGGUUUAUAUAGAAUUUGUACAAUUUGAUUAUCUUAAUGCCUAUGUGUGGAAAAGCGAAACGGCUUGUCAGUCACUCCGUAAAAAAUGUUUAUUACAAAGUCAGUUACAUUAAUAGAGGUAAUAAACUAUAGAGGACGAUUGUCGCUGCGGUUCCCUUUGUUAUCGUUCCCAAACAUGUUGGGUAUCUAUCUGUCAAAAUGUACUGAUUUGUCCUUCGUUGACAUUUAGUGCCCUAUAUGUUCGCCAGCAAAAGAUGUUUCGCCAGUGACGACAACGACAAUCUUCCUCUAUAGUUUAUUACCUCUAUCGUUAAAUUAGACACCUAUCAGAGGAUGGAUAGACAGCAACUAGCGAUGAGCCACAAUUGACCUUUCCCGUCAAAAAUUGUAUCUCGUUUUAAUGUCUCAGUCGAUUCUUUGGCUUAUGUAAGGUCAACUUUCCCAGAAAAAAACAUAUUUUAUGAACCCUCUAACUAUUUUUAAAAUCCAAAACAAAAACCGAAAAAGUGCUGAACACGGUUAGAAAAAAGUACCUAAUAUUAAGUACUUUUCACUCAAAUCGGGGGUUCAGUGUGGGAACCCAAAAUUAGGUAACUUUCAAUUGAAAUUAAGUAAAAUUCACUUAAUAUUAAGUAAAAUGUGCGUAAUUUUGAAUAGAAACUAACCAAAAGUUAGGUAAAUUUCACUAAACUUUUGUAAACAUGAGAUUACUCAACGUUGGGUUCCCACGCUUUAAUGCCCUUGUUGAGUGGUUUUGCUCUUCAUUUUAUGACAACAAAGGGAAGAGGGAAGGAGAUGCAAGAGAAAAAAAGAACCUAAAAUUAGAUACUUUUUUCUAACCGUGCACCGCUGCACGUGUGAACCGGCCUGAAAAAUUCACCCAAUGUUCGUUCAAAAUCGGGCCAAUCUUUAAUAAAACAGCACUUUUUCGAUUUUUGUUUUUAAUUUUAAAAAUACUUAGAGGCGUUAAAAAUGGGUUCUUUGGGAAAACCAAAUAAUCAAUCGAGCAAAUAAAAAAAAUUGACGGGAAAAGUCAAUUGUUGCAUAUGGGUUUAAUUUUAUUCUCUUGCACUUUUCGAGUGCAUUGAUCGAUUGGUGUUAUGAUUUUUCGGUUUCGGUAUCUCAAAUCCCAUGAAAAAUAUCAACCUAACAUUAAGUUGUGCUAGAGGCAUCAGUGGCUAUGUCCAUUGUGAGGCUUGAGAGUUGUUUCGCAUCGUCGUUUAUACUCCUUAGGUCACUAGCCAAAUCUGAAAUAUCUACACUGGACUUUUUGAUCGCUAUAUCGACCAGAGAAGUCAUAUGAUUUUUUACGUCAACCACUUUAUACAUUUCAUAUAGCAGCACCUCGAUUCGCUCAAUCGCAUUGUUAACGAAAUCCACAUUGUUUUGCUGACUGGUACGAUGUUUGGCCUCCGUGUUUAAGUUAAUCAACUCAGCUAGUUUCGACAGUUGUUCGAUCAGCGAUUUAAGCUCUAAAUUUAAAGUGAUGAGCGUUUGACAAGAACUGCAUCAUGGAAGCACAUCACCCAACCAGCGGUUGUUAGAUUUUCAAACAAUUCUGUAUAAGAAUCUACCAAAACCUGUAUAAGAACUGGGCAUAUGCGAAAUUGUUAGAUUCUUAUACAAAAAUUGUAUGAAAAGCAUGCAAAAUUGUUAGGUUCUUAUACAAUAUUUGUAUAAGAAUCUAACAGUUUCGCAUAUGCCCAGCUCUUAUACAAGUUUUGGUAGAUUCUUAUACAGAAUUGUUAGAAAAUCUAACAACCGCCGGUUGGGUGUAUGACUUAAAUUCCGUUUAACAGACACCCCCGCGCAGGUGGGGUGAAAUGAUCGCAAACAUCCAAUGCAUGACCAAAUAAUGGUAUCGACGAACGCAUCCCUAGCGCAAUGAAUAUGACUGAAAAGAUUUUUUUGUCUAAAUUACUAGUUUUUUACUUGAGUGCAUCAGGAACUCUGUCACCCAGUGAUUGAAUUUCCUUGGGAGAACGAAAAAAAAAACUAUUUUGUAAUAAUCAGAUAGUGCUACUUUAGAUAAUUUGUCUUUAGAUAAUUUUUCUUGAUUGUAUUAAACAAGGUGAAUUGAUUCUUAAAUUACCAAUUCCAGAUAGUUCAAAAAUUCGAUUCGCCAUUUGUAAAUAUGGCAAAUUUUGUUAGGCUUAAGGUUCGUUAUCAAAUGCAUAAGGCAUAUGGAGCUACUUCGAAUUGCCGUCACGGUUCUGGUAUUCAAUCUUUUUUUUUUCUCUCCAAAACAAGGAAAAAUCUUUUCUGGUAUUUUCCAUUCUAUUUAUAAAGGCCACCUUACACCUCGGGAAUUUGGUCCGCGGAUUUUUUCCCCAUGCAUUUUUGCAUAAGCGAUGUUUUCGGGAUUUGGGCACGGAAAAUCAAAAUCCCGGCCCCAUUUAAAAUGCACGGGGUUCAAAAUCCGGCGGAAAAUUUUCCCGAGGUGUGAGGCAGCCUUAAAGGGCAAUAAUCUACGAGAACCGUCAGAGAUUUGCGAACAACUUCAAUGAUGUGGUUGGUGUUGAUGAUAAGCAACAUUGCUACUAUAUUUGGUUAAUAUCAUUGUCAUGCUUCAAUACAUUAUGAUACAUUGUUUUACUAUUUAUAUUUAUGGGGGGUGUUAAUAGGUCCUUGGUAGUUACCGGAUCUGUGAUAUGAGAAUACCAUGUUGGAAUUGUGAUAUGAGAGUACGGUUGGUGAGAAAUACCUUGGCAGUCAUCGGAAUUUUGAUACAAGAGCUCCUUGGUCCUCGAAUGGAAUGUAUUUACUUGUCAUAAGACGAGUUUGUACUAUUCCAUUUAAUUCCACUACUUUUUUACACCUUUGAUAGAUAGGUAUUUCGACCUCAACAGUAAUGCCGUCUUUAGUAUCUCGUACUUGACUAGCCUUGUAAAGUUCGUUAAGUAUUAGUCAAGUGCGAGAAACUGAAGACGGCCUUACUGUUGAGGUCGAAAUACGUAUCUAUCGAAGGUACAAUAAAGUAGUAAAAUUAAAUGGAAUAGUGCAAACUCGUCUUAUGACAUGUGUACAGAGUGCAUAUGAGAAGUACUAGCAAACCCAAAGACUUAGCUGUCACGGUCGCCAUUGUUUGUUCUAAUACUUUUAGGUUUUUCAAGCCGAACGGAGUAAUUUCGAUUUUUUGUGUUUCGUGCAAUAUAUUGUACAUGUUUAUUUAAUAUAUUAACUUGCACACCCCACUGUCCUGCAUUUGUUUAGAAAUAGUUUUAUUCAUAAUGUUUAGUUUUUUUUUAACUUGUCAUUGUCACGGUCGCUAUGUGACAUUCUUUUAAAUGAUAUAUGAUGGUGAGAUGCUAAAGAUGCCUUUCAUUUAUACUUCACCAUUCAUUCUGUUUCCACAAGGUAGUGUCAAUGUGUCAUCUGAUCGCAAAAGUGGCGUGAAGUUUAGAAUUCAGAGCUUGGUGGCUUAUAUACGAUCAGGUUGGCCUUAACCUAGUUCUGUGGUGAUCAUGGGAAUACGAACCUAAAUUAUUAUUGGGUCUUUCUUUUCUUUGAUAUAUGGUAUUCGAAAUAUGAUGAGCUCAGGGGCUCUAACCAGUGCGCUGCGUAUAAAAGCAUAACAGUCUCAUAUAGACAGCAAAGAUAUUUGUUGUUAGAUAAAUCAAUUUUAUCAAAAUUUUGAUAUACAUUACCUAGUUGAAGUCUGAACUUUAUUAAAAUCUAAAAAAAAAAACAAUCUAUUUUUCAAUUUCGAUGAAAAUUCACGAAGAAAAAAAUUAGUUUCGUUUAGAUCAAAUCUACCGGUAUCUCAGCUAUUGGAUUCAGUGAUAAAGAAAACACCUUUCAUUAGAUAAAUUGAAAUCAAUAUGAACAACAAUAGUACUCAUCUGCAAUCAGAAUAAAUUUAAAUACAGACACUAAGAACAUAAUUUGCAAACUAAAACAGCUAGAUUCAGCAUUAGCUUAUCACUAAGGAUUCGUAAUAAGGGUUAACUAGGACCUUCGCGACGCAAUCAACAACUAUCCAUCAAAUUAUACGAACAAAUUGGAAUGAUGGAAUGAUAAAAUACCAUGUAUGAAAUUGCAAUCAUUAUUGUGUGUUAGUAAAAAGUAGAGUUUUAAUUUUGGAUCAUGUUCGACAGUUUUACUAAUAUUACAAAAUUAUAUCACACGUACGAUCGGUCAGAAUACUCAAAACUAGUGCACGAAACAACAGACGUAACACCUGGAGAUAUAUAUUCAGUUACCUCUCUUAAUUGUAGAUUCAAAUGCACAAUCGGUAGGUGGUUAAAUAAAUAUUGGCUCAGAAAUAUUUUACUCCCGCAUCGAAUGCCGUGAUGGCUGUGUAAGGCUAAUGGAUGAUAGUGGCUGUUUUUGUGGCAAUAAUUUUUGUUGUUGUAUUCAUUGCCGGCUUUACGUUGUUGUCGUAAUUUCAAAGUGUUAUGUCUUUUACUGUCUGCAAACUGAAUAAGAAAGAUGAAUGUGCGAUAUUUAAUUACAAUUUGACAAAAUUUUCUGUACAUUAUUGAUAAUCGAAACAAAAAUGAGAUAAGUGAUAAAUAAAACAAUGUUUAAUAGCGAUUA